AUGGGAAGAGCCCUCGGCUGGCUGCUCCUUCGCUUGAUCAAGAUGGCGACUCUCCUCCGGACCUUCUGGCAGGGGCUGCUGCUGCUGCUGCUGUUGGGGCUGCUUGCCCAGCCGGGCCAGGCAGCAGAAGCCCUGUGCUCCGGAGCCACUUGCUACACGCUGCACUGGGGCAGGCUCAGCUGGACGGAGGCCCAGAGCAAGUGUCAAAACAACGGGGGGAACCUGGCGACUCUGAAGAGCCUGGAGGAAGCACAGCUGGUCGGGCAACUGCUGGCUAUGAGGCCUGGGCGGGGAGCUGGCUCGGAGGCGGAGGUAAGGCUGUGGAUUGGGCUCCAGCGGGAGAAGGGCAGAUGCUACCAGAAGCACCAGCCCCUGAAGGGCUUCACCUGGGUAGCAGGAGACCAAGAGACUGAGUACUCAAACUGGGCCCAGGAGCCCCGGGAAACGUGCACGGCUCAGCGAUGCGUGACACUCCAGGGCUCUCCCUCCCUGUCCAAGGGCCUGGCCUGGGUGGAUGGCCACUGCAGCUGGUCCGCUCAGGGGGAGGCCGGCUACUUGUGCAAGUUCAGCUUCCAGGGGAUGUGCCGUCCACUUGCAUUGGCUGGGCCGGGCACUGUCAACUAUACCACCCCCUUUGGCAUAGCCACUGCUUCCCUGUUAGCAGUGCCCUUUGGCUCCAUGGCUGAAGUGGCGUGUGGACCACAGGGGGCAGAGGUGGCCAACGCCUUCCUGGUGUGUAAGAUGCAAGAAAACAGCAACGCCUUUGAAUGGAGCAGCCAGGGCCCACUGUGUGCUUCGCCCAGCCAUGGCUGCAACUACAGCAACGGCGGCUGUGAGCACCAGUGCUUGGAGCUGGGCGGGGGCCUCUUCCAGUGCGCCUGCCACUCUGGAUACCAGCUUGGAGGGGACCAUCUUUCCUGCAUUCCAGUGGACUACUGCAGCUCCAAUCCAUGCCGGGGGCACUGUUUGCCACGCACUGGUGGCUUCGACUGUCUCUGCCUUCGAGGUUAUGCAUUGGCUGCUGAUGGCCGGGACUGUGUGGAUGUGGACGAAUGCAGUGCUCCGCAAAACCCUUGCGAACAGAUCUGCAUUAACACUCAGGGCAGCUUUACGUGUCUCUGUCUCCCGGGCUAUAAACUGGCCAAGGCUGAUGGGCAGACAUGCCAGGAUAUUGACGAAUGUGCUGGGGUCACGCCAUGCGCCCAGCUUUGUGUGAACUCUCGUGGCUCCUUCCUCUGCUCCUGCCAGCCGGGCUAUCAGUUGGAGGGCUCUUCUUGUCUGGAUGUGAACGAGUGCCAGGAAGAGCCUUGCGAGCACAUGUGUAAAAACCUCCCAGGCAGCUAUCGAUGCUUUUGCCAGCCAGGCUGGAGACUGGAUCCCAAUGGGAUCUCUUGCAUCUUGGAUACUGCUCCCAGCACUUCCUCCCCACCUACUGAAGGAGAACCGGGGGAUCCAGUGGACAUUCAUCCUGGAUCAGAGCCACCGAUGCUGCUGUCUGACUCUCCCAUCCAAGCAGAACACGAAAGAGUCUUUGUAUCGCAGGUUACCACUUUUCCACCAGAGGUGCUCAGCAGGCCACUAGAUGCUGAGGACCAGGCUGAACAUGACAGCGCAGAAAAGAACAUGGGCAGCUCCAAGCAACUCCUGUAUUAUAUCGUUGGUGGUGUUGUGGCUAUUUUAGUACUGCUGGCUUGUGCUCUAAUUCUGGUCACCUACAGAAAAAUGGAGGCCAAGAAAGCAAAAAAUGAAGCUAAGAGUGUGGCUGACAAUUACUCUUGGGUGCCAGAUCAGCGGGAGGCCAGGGCAGGAAGCAAUGAGUACAUGUAAUCUAUCGAUAAGGGAAGGGCUUUUGUUGUAA